AUGGAGACCAGAGAGACCGAGUCAGCGCCACCGAAGUCCUCCAUGUACCCUGAUCUUCACAACUACGUCGCCGAGAGCCUUGAAGAGCUUGAAUACUCGUUCCGUGACCACGACACUAAGGUCGAUAUAAAGCGCGACUACAACACCGCCACCAUUGGAAAAGUCGCGUACCGACUCAAGAAAUGGAACGGCAUCGAUGCCCAGCAGCUCGCACGUCACGUGUCUCCCAAUGGAGCGCACAUGGAGGAAUUAUGCCAGGGCUGCAUCGAAGAUCACUGCAGUAAGAGAAAGUCGGAUGGCAAAGGAUCCUAG